AUGUCUUUGAAACUACCUCGCAACUGGGAUUUCAGCACUUUCAAAGUUGAGACAGCUCGCAUUGUACGCUCUAAGAGUACACUACUUGGUGAAGGAAGCCCUGGUCCGACUCCGGGCUCACGACGCUCAUUCAAGUCCAUGGAGAAGCCUUUGAAGGCAGGCUGGUUGAAGAAACAGCAAAAGUCUUUAGUGAAAAACUGGCAUCAGCGCUAUCUAGUCCUGAGGGGAAGCACGCUGAGUUACCACAAAGAUGAUCGAGAAACCACUGUCCUGGGACUUAUCCAGCUUCAGUUCAGUAAGGUCAACGAACUCCCCUUGAACACAGACGAGCCUGGAAAGUACAUCUUUGAAAUUAUACCAGGUGAGAUUUCUUUAAUUACAGCAUCUACAAAUGGGGACAAAGAGCGAUGUCCUCACGUGUUCAUGGCAAGUUCCCAAACUGAAAUGGAUGAGUGGCUCCGAACUCUGCGCAGGGUCAUCGGGGUUCCGAAUGGAGUUUUUGGAAAAAGCCUAAGUGAAACAGUGAUGUAUGAGCAACGUUUUGGGCCCCAAAUGGUGCCCAUCUUGGUCCAGAAAUGUGUGGAAUAUAUCAGAGAACAUGGUCUCAACGAGGAGGGCAUCUUUCGUCUCCCUGGUCAAGACAACGCGGUCAAACAAUUCAGAGACGCCUUUGAUGCAGGGGAGAGGCCUUCCUUCCCCAGUGAUACAGAUGUCCACACAGUGGCAUCGCUGCUCAAGCUGUAUUUGCGAGAGUUGCCUGAACCUGUGGUUCCAUGGUCUCAGUACCAGGACUUUUUGGACUGCACCAACAUGUUGGACUCUGGCAAUAAAGAAGGUAGAGAAAAGUUAGAGAAACAGAUUGCCCUUCUUCCUAGAAUGAACUAUAAUCUUCUAAGUUAUGUCUGCCGAUUCUUAUUUGAGGUGCAGCUGAAUUCCAACAUCAACAAGAUGAAUGUGGAGAACCUGGCCACUGUGAUGGGGAUCAACCUGCUCAAACCACAGUUAGAAGAUCCCAUUUCAGUCAUGAAGGCUACUCCUCACAUCCAGAAGUUGAUGACAGAAAUGAUUCGACAGCAUGAGGACUUGUUUCCUGUCUGUAAUGAUGAGCCUCCCUCGCCUCUCUCCAACAAGUCGGAGAACAACAAGAACUCUCCUCGCAACUUUGUGGGGUGGGGGUCUACUGAGAUGAGUGAUACUUCAUUCUCUGAGUCCACUGAUUUGGAAAAAGAUGACAGUCCAGGUCUCAUCAGAGGAAAUUGCAGCAGUCCAGUUUUGCGGCAAGAUUCCAUGUCAUCUUCUGACAACUGGUCCGGGAGCCCUCGCAAACGCACUCAAACUCUGCCCAAUUUCAACUGCCCCCUCACGGGGAUGGCAGCAAAGGCUGGCGCCAUCACUCGCUGGAGUCGUGUCCAAGAGCUUGAGGAAGAUAAGAGUGGAACGUUGUCAGAGGACAUCUUUAAAAUCCUGGAUCUGCGCAGUUCAGGAUCUUUUUUAAAAGGUUCGUCAGCAACUAUCAAAGAGACAGAGGGAAACUAUAACAAAGCCUCCACUACUAUAAACUCCCCACAAACUGAAAGGGACUCCCAACCUGCUCUGACUGGAAGGAAUGAUGAGCCCUUGACAGGAAGUGUUUUAAGUCAGGUGGUCAACAACAGAACUGAAGAGAAAAAAGACAGCCAAAAGAGUCUAGACAGUGUUCAGCAGGAGUUGAAGGAGCUACGGGCCACUGUGGUUGAGCUUCGGUGUACUCUGGAGGCGGAGCGUCGGCGUGUGUCAGCUUUGGAAAUAUGCCUAAGAAAUGCGGAGCGUAGCCGGGAUGAAGCUCACAGACGAAAUGAAGAACUGCAACGGGACAUUCAGCAGUUCCUCACUUGA